AUGAAGAGAAAGGGCAGCCUGGAUGCUCAGGACCGAAAGAAGAGCCACAGAAAAUGUGGCUAUUUAGGAGAUCCGGGGGGCGGGCGCGAAGCCAUCCCUUGCAAUUCUUGGUGCGUCUUUUCUCAUAACGGUUUGGCUCCUUCUUACCGCACGAUUCGUCGGGUCCCAGGCUGCAGCUUCAGCUCGCUCCGCCACGGGGCGCCCGCCCGCUGGGCCUCUGUGGCUUCAGCUGUGUGUGAUGCUGAGGCCCAGGCGCUACAAGCUGAGCGGCUGCAGGACCGCGUCUCCCGAGCCGCCGAGCUGGAGUUGGAACUGGAAUUCCAGGGCGCCGGGGCCCCGGCUGCCGGGCAGCGGCUCCUCCAGGCCAAGGCCCCGGCGGAGAAUGAGCCGGAAGCGGCGGCGGGCUCGCGGCGGAGCGGCGGGGCCGGGAGUCUGCACCGCUGGUUCAUCACCGUGAUCCUGUGUGCCGCCUUCCUGGGGCUGGGAAUGAGUGUUGCUAUCCUGGGACCCACGUUUCCAGAUUUGGCAGUAAAUGUGAACCGCAACAUGAGCAGCCUUUCCGUGGUUUUUGUGGGCCGUGCCUUUGGAUAUUUGGGUGGUUCUGUGAUAGGUGGAGUUCUUUUUGACAGUAUGAAUCCUUUUCUACUUUUGGGGAUGUCAAUGUUGGCUACGACAGUUGGUCUUUAUCUUGUUCCAUUUUGCAAGGCAGUGGUAUUACUGAUUGUCAUGAUGUCCGUCUUUGGUGUUUCAAUGGGCAUCCUGGAUACAGGUGGUAACGUCCUAAUCUUGGCUCUCUGGGGGGACAAAGGAGCCCCGCAUUUGCAGGCCUUACACUUCUGUUUCGCCUUGGGUGCCUUCUUGGCGCCACUGCUGGCUAAAUUGGCAUUGGGCACGACCGUGUCUGCUGAAAACCACACAGAGGCUGACUUUAACGAUUCUGUGCUCAACCAGUCAUCUGAAGCCGCCUCAGAACCUCUACUUGGAGUACCUGACGAUAUGAAUUUACUGUGGGCUUAUGCUGUCAUUGGGACUUACAUUUUUGUAGUUUUUAUCUCUCUUCUUGCUCUGUUUUUAAAGAAAAGCUCAAAGCUGGAAAAAGCCAAAGUGUGCGCUCAGAGGUCUCAAAGAGCUAAAUAUCACAACAUCCUGCUUUGUCUCCUCUUCCUGUUCUUCUUUUUUUAUGUUGGAGCCGAGGUGACAUAUGGCUCUUACAUUUUCUCGUUUGCAAUCACUCAUGCUGGCAUGAAAGAAAGUGAAGCGGCCGGAUUGAACUCCAUCUUCUGGGGGGUCUUUGCGUCUUGCAGGGGCCUGGCGAUCUUUUUUGCUGCGUGUUUACAGCCUGGAACCAUGAUCGUGUUGAGCAACAUUAGCAGCGUGUCGUCAUCUUUGUUUCUGGUGCUUUUCAACAAGAGCCCAGUUUGUCUCUGGAUAGCAACUUCCGUGUAUGGGGCCUCGAUGGCAACCACGUUUCCCAGUGGCAUUUCUUGGAUUGAGCAGUACACGACCAUCCACGGAAAAGCCGCAGCAUUUUUUGUCAUCGGUGGUUCCUUGGGAGAAAUGGCUAUCCCUGCCGUAAUUGGAAUUCUUCAAGGAAAAUACCCCGAUUUGCCUGUAGUUUUGUACACGUCUUUGGCGUCAGCGAUAGCCACUGCUAUUUUAUUUCCCGUGAUGUAUAAAUUAGCCACCUCACCUCUCAAUCGUCAGCAAAAAGAACACAGGAAGAGUGAGGACCAGAAAGCUUUGCUCUCUAGCUCUGGGCCGAAUGACUAUGAGGAAGAUGCAGAAAAGUGGAAUGAAGUGGAUUUUGAAGUGAUCGAGAUGGAUGAUAGAAUGAGGAAUUCUGUAAUAGAGACAUCUAGAAACAUUGUGAUGGAGCCCCCAGCCGAAGUCUCCAGCCAGUUCCGCUCAACCGCUUUAGUGUUUGAGUCCUCUCCGGUUAACACUGGCAAGUCCGCUGUGAAGCACUUGCAAGAAGUCAGGACAAAAGGGACUAACACUUAGAGAAGGUGGAUUGUUUGCUCACUUCCUUGAGCAACCGUCAGGCCUAAAGAGGCCCGUCAGAGCAGAGCAUUAGCACACUUCCAACGUGUUUUGAGUAUCCAAAUUUCUACGUCAGAGCAUAGCAAAUGCUGACAACGUUUUGAAACGUUCUGUAAUUCCCAGAAUCUUCCAUAAAGAACCAAUGGUCUCAUACAGUAGAAUCUUGUUGUGAGGCUAGUGUUUGGCACAUGGCUGAUUAGGUAAUACGUGGUGGCCUUCACUCCUCAGAGCAUGCAAAGAAGGCAUUUGUUUUUGAGAAGCUGGGUGCCAUCCUAAUAAAGCCAUCUGGUAAUUGAGUCAACUAGCUGAACGAGUUAUCAGUCGUCAGUACUCUCCCAGGGCGGUUGAGGAGAGGAGUUUCAUAAAAGAGCAUCUUUGAAAAUGGACAGAUUUUCAUUAAUUACCCUGUCUGUAGCAUUGGACCAAAGAAUGCUGGUGACUCAUUUGAUUCCUGAUUUCUACGAAGAGAACACGGAACAGGGUCCUACAGACAUGGCUUCAAGCCUUGACUGCUGCUUUCUGGCCUUCGGCCCUGCACUCAGUCACUUAACAUGUGUCGGCUUUGUUGAUGUCAUCUCCGGAUCUGUGAUUCUAUAAGUGAAAAUAAGAUGAUUCUCAAAUUAGGAAUCUAUAAGUUUUAAAGGUUAUGCAGGACGUCUGCUAGAAAUUAAUAUAAGUGCCACCCCGUUCUUCAUUUCAAAUGAGAGGUGAAACAAAAUUGAUAGCUUUAAGAAUGUGCUACUGAUUGUGAAUUCAUGUCGAUUUGACACUCAAUGUUUACUACUUUAUUUGAACAAUUACCGGAAGAAUACAUUCUUUAGUACUGUAUUUCAUUGAUUCUAAGAUGCCCCUUUUUUCACAUAUUUAACAUCUCUGAAA